UUCUGCUUUUCUCCAAAGCAUAAGUUGAGCCGUUAGUGGUGUUACUGAAGGAAUAUUGGUGUAAUGUGCUCCGUGUUUUGCAACCUGUGUCUUCGUAGAUUGUUACAUUUAAACAGUUUUUCAGCUUCUAGUGAUAAAGAAAAAACUAAUUAUUAUUGAAUUUUAAUAAUUUAUUACAAAUGAAAUCAAAAGUGGUGAAAGGCGUAUUGUUUUAAGGUGAAUGUGAGUGUAUGUUUUUGUGUGUGUGUCGACUUUAGACGAAUAACAUCUUAGUGCUAAAUUGUUAAUAGUCAAUUGUUGUUCUUGAUUUUGUGCCAAGUGAAAAUAUCGUUAGCUUUAAUAAUCGAAAAUGCCUUGCUCUGCUGUAACGCUCUCUUUGGCUACCAUAACUGGUAUUAUUGCUACAGCUCUUCUGGCAAUUGCCUUCUCUACGGACAACUGGCUAUAUACGGAGGUCAAACGGGCCCAAAUUCAGCAAUAUGUUCAUAAACAUCCAGAGCAGAGCAAUGUAAUUGGACCUAUGAAUAAGUAUUACUACUAUACGAGAACGCAGGGUCUCUUCAGGAUAUGCUUUCCCAAAGAUCGGCCACCCACGGUGGAAACGUAUUUAAGUCCAGUAGAGACUCAUUGCACGAAUGUCAACUACUUUAUUCCUGAUGAAGAAAACGAAACAAGAAGCUUUACAGAAGAUGCCAUGACCAGACUUCAUAUGGGACGUUCGGUAAUAGCUGUCUUUAUUGUGGCUUUUCUGGCUAUAUUCUCAGCUUUCUGGACAGGAAUAGUGGGCUGUUGGCGAAGGUCACCAGGGAACAUUACUGCAACUGCCAUACUAAUGUUGUGUGCCUGUUUGCUGAGUGCUGCAGGAAUGGGUCUUUGGCAUGGAGUUGAAUACUACGAAAAAGAAAAAAUGAUUGGAGAAGAAUAUUUCCAACAGUGGAGCAAUGUUCUAAAGGAUAAUGCAGCUCAAUGGUAUGAUUGGUCUUUUUACCUAGCCUGGUUAGGAGUAGCAACAUGUUUAGCAGCAAUGACCCUAUUUCUGAUAGCAGCAUCUUGUUUACGCAAGGAGCGUAUCCGGGAGCAAACUCAGAAUAUCCAAUACAUAAUGCCAGUUUACCCUCAAAAGCAACAGUAUGCCUAUGCUGGAUAUCCAGCUCCAGCAGCAUACCCAGGACCUUAUUAUCAUGGUUCGCAAUAUGGGCCUUAUAAUUAUUGAAAACAAAAAUUUUCAAGUGUUUCAAGUGCAAUGAAGAAAGAAAGAAAUAUAUUGCGUACAAUUCGUUUAAAACUGAAUCCAUCCAAAAUUGAGAGUAAUGUAUACUUACAUUAUUUGCCUGUUUUGUAAACGUAUUUAAAAUCGGUAUAAACUCAAAUGAAUAAAAGUAAAAGUUGCUUUAGAAUAAUACGUCAAUUAUACAAAAGAAGUUCAUUUAAAGUAUAGUUACUUUCUGACUAUAUUAAUUUUGAUCUUAUGUAUAAAUUGCAAUUAAUAUUCUACCAAAUGGGAAGAAACAUAUAUAAAUACAUUUUAAUAAAUUUUGAUGCAAAAUCAAAUCAGAUCGAAAUUCAAGAGAAAAACAUCGUUAACGUAUAAAAAAGUAUUUCAUCGUCGGUUAUACUAAAACUUCACUUACCGAUCGAAAUACACACUGUUGAGCCGAACGUUAUUAAUAAUAUUACCUUUUAGUUCAAAGUUUUACUAUUAUUAAAUACUCAUAUUUUCGUUUUUACAAAAAACUCCUAAAACGAAUAAAAUAAAAAUUUAAAUUGUGAAAUACUCUAAUGUAAUAAUUUAGUUUUUAUUAUGUUAAGAAAAAGUGUGAAUUGAAGUAUAUAUAAUAAUAUUACUUAAUAGUGUAAAUUAUAAUAAAAAUAAACUUUUUACUGAACACUGAAAACAACCAA